AUGGCUGAAAGUUCUUGUGUAUUUCAACCACUGGUUGAACCUGCAGAUGAGGACCAAACUUCAUUGGCAACCUGGUGUGACCUAAGCAGAUUGAUAAUUAGUGAGCAUUCAUAUUCAAUUCUUAAACCACCCCCUGUCAUGCAAUCGUCCAAUGUGCCAUCUGAUGAAUUGGACAUUGACCAUGGUGGAGGUGGCAAUGAAACAACUCAUCUUGUCUUCAAGGAGCCAUCUUCAAAGAAAGAGGAUAGUACGGAAAAUUCAGGUGAUCCACCCCCUGUCAUGCAAUUGUCCAAUCUGUACUCUGAUGAGUUGGACAUUGAACAUGGUGGAGGUGGUAUUCAAACAACUGAAUCCGAAUCUGCUGAACUUCCUUCAGAAGCUGAGAAUGGUCUAUCAAAAAAUACAUUUGAUUUACAGAAUGUUGAAUAUUUGCCUGAUGUUUCAUCUGAAUUGAAAGCUGAGCAUGCUGUAACAGUUGAAAAUACCACACCUAAAUCUACAGAGCUUUCCUAUGAUGAAAAUGUCAUUGCAAACGUAUCUAAUCCACUUUCUGUUGUGCAAUCAUCCGAACUGUCAUUUUCUAAGUUAGACAAUGAACAUGAUAAAGAUUGCACUACAGCUACUGAACUUGAUCAUAAAAACUUUUUUGCAAAAGAUCAUGAUAUAUGCUGGGAUAUGCAGCAUUCUAAUCAAUCCAAUGGUAAUUUGGAUGUUAGUGAUGAAGAUUCUGCAUUGGUUAUUCAAGAAGAUGAUGAAAAGCCCCCACCUAAAAAGCUAAAGCUGUAUGCUUUUGAUUGUCAGGAUAAAAACACUUCACGUCCUAGUACGUCUGAUGAUGACGAUGAAGAUAUGGAAUCUAAAUAUAAACUUUCUGAUUCUAAUGGACACAAAAGCAGUUUAUCUAUGACAACUUUUUCUGAAAGGGAUGAAUUUCCAACUGGAUCCUCAAAUGGAUUUAUGGAAUUCGACAUUUUGGACGAGUUUGAAAGCAAUGAUAAUGAUCCUGAUGAGGUUGACUCGGAUGAUUCAGAUAUAUCACUUGAUGAAAUUGAUGCUAUGUUAGAAGCUGGUUUUGUGAAUGGUAAUACUUCAACACGUAAAUCAUCCGAGCAUGAAGUAAAGGAAAAAGUGAUUCUGAAAGUUAAAGGACGAGAUCACUUUGAUGUGCUCCCUGAAGGAUGGAUUGAAGUCACCCAUAACUGUGGAAUGCCGAUAUACUUGCAUAAGCAGACAAGAGUCUGUUCAGUUUCAAAGCCAUAUUUUUUAGGUCCUGGUAGUGCAAGGAAACAUGAAAUUCCAUUAUCAGCUAUCCCUUGUCUCCAAUAUCUUAAGGAAUUAGAGAAAGAGAAGGAAGAAUCAGCUGCAAUAGAAAGUCAAGAGGCAAAUAAUGGUGAAAAAAAAAUCUUUCCCUCUGCAAAGUUAGAAAGUGUUAAAGACAAUAAGCAAUCUGGUUCAUUAGAUUGUGAAACUCUUCGUGAAUAUUGUGAAAGAAGAUUUCAGUUUCAAACAAUUAAAGUAAAGCGUUUCAAAACCUGGUCUGGCAGAAGACAGCAUCAAAAGUCUCUAAAAUUAAAACACAGACCAACUUUGCCUGACAGUACUAAGCUGAUUACAUGCCCCCUGCCUAAUGCACCAGAUAAAAGUGUGCUGCUGGGAAAUGCAAGCAAGAGAGAAUUCAUUAUGAAUCCUUGUGGAAAAUCACCAGUUUGUAUUUUACACGAGUAUAUUCAACACACAUUAAGAGUUCAACCAAAAUAUAUUUUCAAAGAAUUAGAAAAUGCAAGUACACCCUAUGGUGCUGUUGUGAUAAUUAAUGAUAUGGAGUAUGGUUUUGGAUAUGGUAGCAGUAAAAAACAAGCCAAAUCUGAUGCAGCCAAAUCAGCUCUAGAAAUCCUCAUUCCAAAAAUGAAAAUGUUUACAUCAGAUGCACAAUCAGAUGAGCUUCAAGAUGUUGAGUUUUUUGAUGAAGUAAGGGUUGAAGAUCCAAGAGUAUGUGAAUUAUCAGUCAAAGCUGGUCAACCAUAUCCAUAUCAAAUUUUGUUGGAAUGUCUGAAGAGGUAA